AUGUCAACUGCAAGCAACACACCAGUACUUCACAAAUGCGGACCAGAAGCGAGCAUUAUUGCUCCCUUCCGGACCACACUUUUGUUCAGCAUUACCGACCGUGUUGGUGUCUUGGACGAGUGUUUGGCAGCUAUUAAGAUCUUGAACAUUUCAUUGAAGAGAAUUGAGAGUCGUCCUAGCAAGACUCCAGGAUGGGACUACGACUUUUUCAUCGACUUUGACGCAGAAUCACGAGACCAAUUGAAGAAUGUUGUGUCUGAAUUGCAAAAAGUCGCAAAACAAGUUCAGAUUGUUAGUUCUGAUACUUCUGAGGCUGCUGAACUUCAUGUUCCUUGGUUCCCUCGUAAGAAAGCCGAUUUGGACACAUUUGCUGAUAAAGUUUUGGAAAUGGGCGAAGAACUCACCUCUGAUCACCCGGGAGCCAAAGACACAGCAUAUCGAGCACGUCGCGCUGAAAUAACACGUAUCGCAAAGACCCAUCGCCAUGGACAACCAAUUCCCCGUAUUGACUAUACCAAAGAAGAGGUUGAGACAUGGGCCACCGUGUUCCGUAACCUCGUGAAACUUUUUCCCACACAUGCGUGUCGUGAACAUCAAUAUGUGUUUCCGUUGUUGGUCGAGAAUUGCAGGUAUCGAGAAGACAAUAUUCCUCAAUUGGAAGAUAUUUCGCGGUUUUUGAAAGAUUGUACGGGAUUCACAUUGCGCCCUGUUAUGGGUCUUCUUACAUCACGUGAUUUUCUUAAUGGUCUCGCGUUUCGCGUGUUUCAUUCCACUCAGUACAUUCGUCACCACUCGAAACCUUUAUACACACCAGAACCAGAUAUCUGUCACGAGCUACUUGGACAUGCAAAUUUUGCGGACUUUUCACAGGAAAUAGGUCUGGCAUCGCUUGGUGCUAGUGACAACGACAUUGAAAAAUUAGCGACAAUAUAUUGGUUCACUGUUGAAUUUGGGUUAUGUCGACAAGACGGUGAAAUACGUGCAUAUGGUGCAGGACUGUUGUCCUCUUUCGGUGAAUUAGAGUAUGCGCUUACGGAUAAGCCCGAAAAAAAGCCUUUCGAACCAAGCAAAACUGCUGUCCAGAAAUACAUAGUGACAGAGUAUCAAAAACUAUACUUUGUAGCAGAUUCAUUUAAAGAUGCGCAACAAAAGAUCCGUGACUAUGCAAAGACACUGACACGAUCAUUCUCGGUGCGCUAUAAUCCGUACACGGAGACUGUUGAAGUGUUGGAUGAUAAGAGAACAUACUCAGAACACGCGAACCACCACAACCAAACCACAGAAACAAAAGGAGAGGAGGACACAGUUAAAUUAGCAUUUCUCGAGUACGAGCCACCAAGGCUUCAUGCACCGCAUGAGAGCCUUCCGCUAGUCAUUUUGCAUGGCUUGUUUGGUUCAAAACAGAAUUGGAAAUCUCUUGCAAAAGCGUUUGCGCAACGGCUGAAUACUAGGGUUUUUACACUGGAUUUAAGAAAUCAUGGCGAAAGUCCUCAUUCACCGGUUCACACGUACGAAGCAAUGUCCAAAGAUGUAACAGAAUUCCUUCACGAGCAUAAACUUCGUAAGACUGUCAUAAUUGGUCAUUCAAUGGGUGGUAAGGUUGCAAUGACAAUGGCACUCCUUCAAGUACCCCACAUAGAGAAACUAGUGGUUGUGGACUGUGCUCCAACAAAGUACCGACUGUCGCUAGACUUCGCGACGUAUAUCGCGGCAAUGAAGAAAAUUGAGACGGUUGUAGUCUCAAAGCAGAGUCUUGCUGACGAGAUUUUGCGGGAGGUUGAGCCGGAUAUUGCAAUUCGUCAAUUUCUCCUCACUAAUCUGAAAAGGAACCCCGACACUGGCAUAUACAAAUUUCGUAUUCCGCUCGAUCUAUUAGAUGACAGUUUAGAAGAAUUAGGCGGGUUUCCGUUCGAUUCGGCGCAUCAUACUUUUCAUAAGCCUACUUUGUUUGUUGCUGGGACUAAAUCAAAUUAUGUGAAGCCGAAGGUUCAUCCAACCAUUCGAACUUUAUUUCCUGAAGCAGUUAUCGUAGAUAUCGAGGCCGGUCAUUGGGUUCACGCAGAGAAACCUCAAGCGUUCUUAACAAUUGUUUCUAAUUUCGUAAAAGACAAAUAA